AAAAGUUCUACUUCCGAUUGUUGGCGGAAAAUUUGAUUUCCAAGGCUGGUAAUUUCGUGAUAAUUUCAUAACGCAAAAUGUCAUCUAUCAUUGGAAAACGUAAGAAGAAGCUAUCAAAAUGCCCAAAUCCACUGUUUGAACGCUGGCUAAAAGAAUGGCGAGACGAGGCUGCAGAAAAAGGAUGGAAGUCGCAGUAUAUAUACAGCAAGGCACUCAAGUCACUGAAAUGUUUUCCGCUCAAGCUUGACACAGGGAAAGACUGCAAAAUACUACAAAACUUUGGUGACAAGAUAUGCAAGAUGCUUGAUGACAAACUGGCAAAGCAUAUUGAAAUCUAUGGUAGUGCUGAUGUUAUACCUCAAAGUGAUGAAGAUGAAGACAUGGUACCUUCCCAUCACUCCAAGAAACAAACCAACCAAACAGCACAAGCAAUACAUGCCAUUCCAACCAAUGACAGUUCUUGUAUUCGCAAACUGUUCCAUCAGAAUCAGCAACACUUGCAACGUCUUCCAACUUUGUAGACACCACUGGGAGUAUUUCAUUGGACUCAGACGAGGAACAUGCAGGGCGACCUCAAAAGUAGAAAGCGUCGGAAAUCGUCCGGAAGUAAAAGCUCCAGAGAUUACAUCCCUGCGUUCAGAUCAGGAGCAUAUGCUAUCCUGCUGAGCUUGUACAGAAACAUGCAGGACCCAGACACCAGGGGCUUCAUGACAAAGUCUGAGAUCGUGAGAGCAGCCCAGCCUCUGGCUGACAAGUCAUUUUCAGUGGCCGAUCCUGGUUGCCGCUACACGUCCUGGUCCUCGAUGGGCACGCUGAUCAAAAAGGGGCUCAUCAUUAAGGAGAGCAGUCCAGCAAGAUACAGUUUGACAGACACAGGGUGUGAGUUGGCUCACCGUCUCGAGGUCGUGGACAAUGGAGGGGAGAUGACCAAUGCGUCCAGCACAAAUGCCCGUGUACCUCCACUGCCCUCUCGUAUCCCCCCUCAGCUGCCAUCUCUACAUGCAAUGUCCGACAGUGAAGGGGAGACAACUGCUCAGUCCUUUAGGAACACAGCGCGCCAGCCUACAAGUCAUGCCAUGUCGGACAGUGAAGGGGAGACGACUCCAUCAGUACUCCCUUCAGCCAUGAAGUCAACAGCUACCACGUUACGGUACUGGUAUGUGACCGAGGAUCUUCGUCUGGUAACUAGGAAGGAGGAAGCUGCUGUACUCAUUGAUGAUGUGAUAUCAAUAGGUUUCCUGGUGAAGUGCAAUCACCAGAGUUUAAUUGAGUCUGGCAAAAAAUACAAGCUUGACACGACAAAACGGCUAGGGGACGACUUUGUGUACGCCUACAUAUGUGACCGUGACACAGAUGACCUGGCUACACCUCCCGAAGAGUCUUUGAAACCAGGGAAAAACACAACAGCCAAGCCCAAAUCUAGAGCUUCAAAGACAAAGAAAAUAGCAAACCCAAGUAGUUCAACACUGUCGAACAGUAGCUCAUUACGAGAUCUCCUCCUAGGAAGUGCUGUGAGAGCAGACCCUUCACUUUGUGGCCAAGAAACACUUCAACACAGUUCUCACACCUCUGCUGUCUCUGUCACAUCCUCUUCUCGACAACCCGGAGUAGAUAAGACUGCUCCCACGUUAAAGUCAACCUUCCCAUGUCCUGGCAUGUCAAGGCACUUGGUGGAGGAGGAGACGCUGUCCGACAUCUACCCUGCACCAGCAUCCUCCACAGCAGGAUCCCAAGCUUCAUCCCUCACCAGUGCUGGUUCCAGCCUGCCACCCCCAAACUUCACCCUCACCCCUGGGUCCUUUGAUGUGGUGUUGUGUGUGGACAACCGCGAGUUCUAUGGAGGGAGCAAGUCACAGAGUAAGACACUGCUGCCAGAGCUGAUUAAGAACGGUGUGGAGUGCGACUUGCGAGAACUGCAGAUCGGGGACAUGUUGUGGAUAGCCCGAGAGAAGGUGCUGCCCCAGCCAGGGCAGCUGCAGAGGCCCAAAGGGAGAGAACUUGUGCUGGACUUCAUUGUUGAGAGGAAGAGGAUGGAUGACCUUGUCAGCAGCAUGAUAGAUGGCAGGUUCAGAGAACAGAAGUUCCGCCUGAAGCGUAGCGGCAUUGCCAACGCCAUCUAUCUGAUAGAGGACUACGGAUCACUGCAGCACUUCAGCAUCGCUGAAGACAGGAUAAAGCAAGCCAUGGUCAACACCCAGGUUAUUGAUGGCUUCAAGAUCAAGAGGACGAGUGGUGUCAAGGAGACCGUGGCCUACCUCACUGUGAUGACCAGGUAUCUACAGGGCUUCUACAGGACCAAGUCUCUCCAGGCUUGUACACCAGAGAUGCUACGCGAACUGGAUGGCAGUUUCCACAUUGAAGAAUCCGAGAAGCUUCUCACAACAUUCCAGCAUUUUAAUUAUGCCUCUGUUAAGAGCAAGGAUCUGACAGUACGGGAGUUGUUCGGUAAACAGCUGGUUCAGUUACAUGGGAUGUCAGCAGACAAGGCCAAAGCCAUCACAGACAGAUACCCUACCCCAACAAGUAUCUUCCAAGCGUAUGACCGAUGCUUCUCCCAGAAGGAGAAGGAAGGAAUGCUGGCCACCAUUAAAGCUGGCAAAGGAAUGAGGAAUCUUGGAUCUGUUCAGAGUAAACAGAUUCACCAGCUGUACUGUAUAGAAGGCGCACUCACAUGAUGUGAUAACACAGUGCCAGCAUCUACGCCAUGUUGUCUACGUAUUUCCAGUGAAACUGACUUUCCUCCUCGAGAUUCUGUUAAUAAAUAAAAGACCAGCGUCUGAAGAUUUGAGGUUACUGGUUUCAGUCCUCUCUUUAUCAUUACCAACAUACACCAUUUUGACAGAUAACAGGUGUGUGAUGUUUCUGCCUGAUGUCAGUAUUCCGAAAUUUUAAUCAUUGCUCAACGUAACUCGGAAUUAUAAUUUCUAGUAAACAUUAUUGUAGGUUUUUAAGCUUUAGAAAUUCCUGGCAUCAGUCAGCCUUUAUGUAUGUCAUCCUGCUGUUUUCUCCAAAUAUGAAAGAUCUGAUGGAGGCAAAUUCUUCCCUGAACCGCUGCUGGAGUCACCUACUCAGAUAUUGGAAGAUGUGUGAUGUGUUGAGACUGUUACUUGGUGAUAUGAAGUGCCAUGUUCUCACAACAAACAUCAUGUUUUGUAAUGUAAACAUUGACAAAUUAUUGACAUAAUGUUUUGUGAAUAAAUGGAUAUGCUUUUGUCAUCAAUGAAUGAUACAUGAUUGUUGGAAAAGUA